GUCGCUUCUUUGGAUCUGCGACACUUUCCUACUCAGUUGAAGAAACACUAUUUUUCGACCAGAAACCAUGUCGGUCGACCCAGCUACCGUACCCGACAUCGAUCUCGUAGAUGAACACGACGACGAGGCCGCCGAGCCCGCGACCAAAAAACGCAAGGUGGGGAGGAAAGAACCUGGACAGGAAGAUGAUGGUCUAGACUCCGGGGAUGAAGCAACGAUCCAAAAGGCAAAGGCAAAAAAGAACAAGAAGCAGAAAGGCAAUAAAUCAGGGACAGACGAUGAGGAUGAUAUCGAAUUUGAUGACGAAGAAGGUGGCCCUGGCGGCUUCGUUCGGACUCGAGCCAUGAAAAUGCGAACCCAAGAAGAGCGGAAACCUCUGGCAAAGAUCGAUGGAGCAACGGUCGAUGUGGAUGCGCUGUGGGCGAAGAUGAACGCCUCCGAUGCUUCUUUGGAUCCACAAUCAGUUCAGGGUGAGAAGAAGGACCAUACGCCGGUAAAUGGAGACAACAAGGAUACAGAGAUGCGUGACGAAUAUCUAGUCACCGAGGACAAACGAGAAGCGAGUCAAUACUCAGAGGAGAUGGUGAAAAUCAAGCGAACCUAUAAGUUUGCCGGCGAAAAGAUUACGGAAGAGAAGAUCGUUCCUAAAGAUUCGGCGGAGGCCAAGCUCUAUAUGGCCAACGAAACGGAUGUCGAAACAAUAACUGCCGCCCAGAACGUCACAGAUCCUAAAGAGACCCUCAAAAAACUUCGCCGCCCUCUCCGCAAGGUCUCCCGCUUUGACCCGAACCCUACAGGAUUUAUCAAGAAGAGCUGGGAGAAACAACCUACUGCAGAAUCAACAGGAGAAGAGAACGCCCAAGGCCCUAAGAUAAAUACUGUCGAGAAGUCGCGUUUGGAUUGGGCUGCGUACGUGGAUCAAACUGGCAUCAAGGACGAGCUCAGAACCCACAGCAAGGCCAAGGAAGGUUUCCUCGGGCGCAUGGAUUUCUUGGAUCGGGUGGGCGCUAAGGAGGAAGAAGAGAGGAGAAACGUGCGUUUAAAGGGACUGUAGAGGGUUUGUUGAAUCUCUCUUUCGCUUUUGCGCAACUACAUCGGAAGCGACUUACCACACCCGACGUCAUAUGUCUCCGAUAUGUCCAUUGGCUCAUUAAACCCAUGUUGCUAUUACAGCUUCGAAUGCACAUCGGUACAGACGAGGCCAAUUGGCAGUCGUUCGCGUUGAACAACGAAGGCUUAGGGUCUCCUUUGUCAUGCUGAUGGGAACAUCUACUCCCAACUCAUACGAAAAUCAUUACGUGUCUUCUACUGCUCUAGAGUGGUAGUGACCAACUCAAACCAGUGAAGGCCCGGGUGCCCAUUCAGCCGCCUUCGAUUUGUACGGUCGUCCGAUCUUAUCUGGACACCACUCAUCAUAUCGGAGUGAUACAAGUUUAGAGGAUAGUCG